GUUAUAAUCUAGAUGUCUGUGAUCGCAACUGUCUCUUACAAACGAAAAUAGCUUUAUAACUUUGUAACUAGUAGAUGCAAGUAGAUGCUAUCCUUCGCAACUCGCAACUGGGUGUUUAUUUGUUCGCUUCCGUGGCGGUUGGAUGCGGUUUCUGUAACUACGCAUAUUUUUUGAUCGUGGGAACUGCGUACGUGUUGUCUCUGUUUUUCUUUCAUCUUCAUAAUCGUUGACCGACGUAGAGGAUAGGGUGUAACAUCUCUGCCCAGAGCCAUUUAUUGAGCCAGAACCAGAACCAGCAACUGGAUGUUUGCAACUUAUUUUGGAUCGGGCUUUAUUUAUUUAUUUGAACGAGUAUUUCGUCCGUGUAUAACCACAAUGUGAUACCCAUAUUUAAACCACAACAAUGGGGAAAACAUCAAAAGACAAGCGUGACAUAUAUUACAGGAGAGCUAAGGAAGAAGGAUGGCGUGCACGAAGUGCUUUUAAAUUACUCCAAAUUGAUCAGGAAUGUCGGAUCUUUAAUGGUGUAUCCAAAGCAGUAGAUUUAUGCGCUGCACCUGGAAGCUGGAGUCAGGUCUUAGCUCUUAAGCUGAAUGAAAACUAUAAGAAGGCAUUGGAAGAAUCUUCAGCUGCAUCUCCUCCAAAAAUUGUGGCAGUUGAUUUACAAGCAAUGGCACCUCUGGAAGGAGUUAUUCAAUUACAAGGUGACAUUACCAACACCAACACAGCAAAAGAGAUUAUAGCACAUUUUGAUAACACUCAAGCAGAUCUGGUUGUAUGCGAUGGAGCACCUGAUGUAACCGGCUUACAUGAUAUGGACAUAUUCAUUCAAUCGCAGUUGCUGCUAGCUGCUCUGAAUAUAACUACACAUAUUUUAAGACCUGGUGGCACAUUUGUGGCGAAGAUCUUUCGUGCGAAGGAUGUGACAUUCUUAUACGCUCAAUUGAGGAUAUUUUUCUCUUAUGUAUACUGCGCGAAACCCAGCAGUUCCCGCAAUUCUAGCAUUGAAGCCUUUGUGGUCUGCAAGAACUAUUCGCCGCCGGAAGGUUACGAGCCGCACAUGCUGAAUCCUUUACUAACGCACGAGCCGUGUGACUUUCAAAAGCUGACAGGAGUCAACAGGGUCAUAGUUCCAUUCGUCGUGUGCGGAGACUUCAGCCAGCCCGAUUCGGACACGAGUUAUCCGCUAAACUACAAAGGAGAGAAGUACACAUACCGCGAGCCAGUGCAGACUCCUAUAGCGCCACCCUAUGAGGAAGCGUUAUCUUUAUCGAGAAGCAGAGACUUUCAUAUGGCUGAUGUUAGUGUGAUAAUCGAGAACGAAAAUAUGAAUACAAUUUCUCUCUUUAAAAAGACAGUCUUACAACAGAGUCAAACUGAGAUGAAUGUAGAGGCGAAAACAGUGCAACAGGAUCAAGAUGAGGAUGAAACGCCUAUCGAUAUGUUACAAAAUUUAUAUGUGUCUGAUGCAAAUAAAGUUAAUAAUUAAGAUUCUA